UAAUGAUUAGACGAGAUGUGGUGUUCCCAGAAGGAAUCUUGUGGAUGUUUGGGGCUACAGAAAUGGGGCCAUUGCUGCCGCACUGGCUCUUCUGUGUCCUGUUUUGAGGCUCCCCACACUCAAACUCCUCUUCCUAAACCCUUUUCUCUGUGGAUUUUGCAGGAUGCCUACUCUGAAAUCGCCUACCUUUUCGCUGAGUUCUUCCGAGACCUUGACAUCGUCCCAUCUGACAUCAUUGCAGGCCUGGUUCUUCUGCGCCAGCGGCAGCGGGCAAAGCGCAACGCUGUGCUGGAUGAGGCAAACAAUGACAUUUUAGCUUUUUUGUCUGGGAUGCCAGUGACCAGGAACACAAAGUAUCUGGAUCUGAAAAAUGCGCAAGAGAUGCAGCGAUACAAAGAGGUGUGUUACUACAUGCUGUUUGCCCUGGCUGCCUAUGGCUGGCCCAUAUACCUGAUGAGGAAGCCCACAUGUGGACUCUGUCAUCUGGCCAGAUCCUGCUCGUGUUGCUGUCUCUGUCCUUCACGUCCCCGCUAUGCACCCAGUGUCACCAUUGAAGAGGAUAAUUGCUGUGGCUGCAAUGCCAUUGCCAUCCGGCGCCACUUCUUGGAUGAGAACAUGACCUCGGUGGACAUUGUUUACACUUCUUGCCAUGAUGCGGUUUAUGAAACUCCUUUUUACGUGGCUGUGGACCAUGAGAAGAAGAAGGUGGUCAUUAGUAUCCGAGGAACUCUGUCUCCAAAAGAUGCCCUGACUGACCUGACUGGGGACGCAGAGCGCCUUCCAGUUGAGGGUCACCAUGGAACGUGGCUGGGACAUAAGGGAAUGGUGCUAUCUGCUGAGUACAUCAAGAAGAAACUGGAGCAAGAGAUGGUGCUUUCUCAAGCUUUUGGACGAGACUUGGGAAGAGGAACAAAACACUAUGGCCUGAUUGUGGUUGGCCAUUCCCUUGGGGCUGGCACAGCUGCCAUCCUGUCCUUCCUCUUGCGUCCACAGUACCCAUCACUGAAGUGCUUUGCUUAUUCUCCCCCAGGUGGACUGCUGAGUGAGGAUGCCAUGGAAUAUUCAAAAGAGUUUGUGACUGCAGUCGUGCUUGGCAAAGAUCUAGUGCCCAGAAUCGGUCUCUCUCAGCUGGAGGGAUUUCGCAGGCAGCUUCUGGAUGUUCUUCAGAGAAGUAACAAACCAAAGUGGCGGAUCAUUGUGGGUGCUACCAAGUGCAUACCCAAGUCAGAGCUUCCUGAAGAGACUGAAGAGAACUCAGUAACGAGCAACCGCCUCUGGACCCACCCCAGUGAUCUGACCAUUGCCCUGUCUGCCAGCACACCACUCUACCCACCGGGCCGCAUCAUCCAUGUGGUGCACAACCAUCCUGCAGAGCAGUGCUGUUGCUGUGAGCAAGAGGAUCCCACUUACUUUGCUAUCUGGGGUGACAAUAAGGCAUUUAAUGAAGUGAUCAUCUCACCAGCAAUGUUGCACGAACACCUCCCAUAUGUGGUCAUGGAAGGGCUCAACAAGGUCUUAGAGAAUUACAAUAAGGGGAAAACAGCCUUACUUUCUGCAGCAAAAGUGAUGGUGAGCCCUACAGAAGUGGAUCUCACUCCAGAGUUGAUCUUCCAGAGUCAGCCCUUGCCUAGUGGACCCUCUGUGCAGAUUGGAACUGGAGCCCUAACAGUGGACAGAAGGAACAGCAGUACAAAGAGCAAGUCCCAUUCUGAAAUCAGCUUGGAGGGGUUUUAUGAGACAAAGCCACUUUCUCCUGUGCAGAAAGACCCUGUGGAGCUUCUUCUCCUGGACACAAAGGAACGUCUGUCUGUGGAGCUGCAGGACCGCCGUGCCCCUCUCGCGACCAUGGAGAGCCUCUCUGACAAUGAAUCCAUCUACAGCUUCGAUUCGAGGCGCUCCUCUGGUUUUCGGAGCAUCCGAGGCUCCCCCAGCCUCCACGCUGUCAUGGAGAAGGAUGAGAUGCACUGCUUUUAUAUAGACCCCGCUAUCCCUGAGGAGAACCCCUCCCUCAGCUCUCGGACAGAGCUGCUGGCUGCUGAUAGCCUCUCCAAGCACUCCCAGGAGACUCAGGCUCCCGACAAUGCACUCAACAGCGGUGGCACCACCCCUCAGCGGCGCUGCAGUGAGGAGGGGGCCAGCAGCGAGGGGGACCGUGUUUCCUUAGCCCCUCGUGAGGAGCUGUCCCUCCAGAAUGGACGGCUCACCGAUGUUCCCAGUCCGCAGGUGCUGGAAUUUGCUGAGUUCAUAGACAGUCUCUUUAAUUUGGAUAGCAAAAGUAGCUCUUUCCAGGACAUCUACUGCAUGAUGGUAUCAGAUAGCUCCAGUGACUUUGCGGAGAUGCCCAAGUCUGUUAGUGAUCAGGAGAUCCUGUUGAGAGCACAGUAUGAACCCAACUUAGUCCCAAAGCCCCCAAGGUUGUUUGCAGGCUCAACAGAUCCUUCGUCGGGCAUCUCUGUCUCACCUUCCUUCCCCCUUAGUUCAUCUGGAGAGCUCAUGGACAUCACUCCCACAGGUGUGAGCAGCCAGGAGUGCUUGGCCACUGACAAAAUCCGGACUUCCACCCCCACUGGCCAUGUAACCAGCCCUGCCAAGCAGGAGGACCUCAUGAUUUCAGCCCUCUAGUGCAGGGUAAAGGAGUGCGGCUCUGAGAGCUGAUCCCAUAGGCUGAGUGCUGGGAUAAUACUCGGAGAGGAGGUGGUCGUCAGGCAGUUGGAAUUGGUGGAGACAGCUGGAAACAUUCCUUCUGGGGUGACAUGGUGGUGGCACGCUGUCUGGAGGAUGGAUUGUGCUCGAGUACCAUGCCUACUGCUGGGAGAAGAAGCAUUGCCUCACAAGGCCUGCUACACUAAGAGGGUCUGAGUCACUAAAGGUAGAUGCACGUUCCCUACCUGAGCCUGUCUCAUUCCAUGUAAGAGGCAGAUUCCUUGCCCCAGGGCACCUGCUGAGUUUGGGAGAGAGAUACCCUGCUCCAGGGAAUUCUCAAGGGCAAUGAGGUAGAAGUUUGAGAGUUGGAUAGACAGAAGCAAGGGGGGUGGGGGGGCAGGCCAGAUUUCCCCCCUGCCCCUCCCUUGAUACCAUUUCAGUGGUUUUGGAAAUGAACGGAUUGAGACUUUGGGCCCUGUUGCAUUACCAUGUCAGAUUUGGCCCAAGAUCCAAUUCGUCACACUUCCAUGGGGAUUGCCUUCCUGGGACACUCUCCUCUUUUAAAGCCAUUGGGGCUGUAUUCUCCCCAGAUGCAGUCUCCCCUUUCCUGGCCAGGUGCAGCACUGUGUUGUCUCUCCCCUGAGUACUUCUGUGUUCAAUGACCGCCAGGCUGCUCCUGAGAGGAACGGAAAUUGCUCUGAAAAGCCCAAAGCCCUCUGCCAUGUCUCUCCUUCACCAGAAAAAGUUCUCCUGGACAUCACCGUCAUCAUUUGGUGGCCUGGACUGCUCUGAGCUGGCGAUGCUUCUGCAGGACUGACAGCAUUUUCAUCUCAGAGCUGCAUGGAUGGAUCAACUUAAAGAUUCAAAUGGCUCGUCUACACCCAGCGUUGCUUCCUCGGCACUCUAGGAUCCCCUCCUGGACCCUGCCAGGUCCUCAUGCUACCCAUAUGCAGUCAUCACAGAUCAGUGCCAGCCACUGUCAUUGGGAGUUCAGGGAAAAGAUGAACUUUUACUAAGUAUUGGAAUCUCUUGUAUGUUUACAAAGCUGCUGAGCUUUUGGAAGGUAUUUAUUAAGCAAACAGGGAGGCUCUCUCUAGGCAAAAAGUAUAUUCAUUCUCUCCUCCCUGCACCAUUCCCUCUGGAGGCUGAGGGGGGAGAGGGUAAACAGGUAUGCUCACAAAUCUCCUGCUUUAGAAGCAGGGUGGGGUGAUGGGAGACCGUUUGGCUCUGAGUCUGGAGGAAGCUGUGUCUCUCACCCAUUCUCCCUGAUGCACAAUGUGUUACAAAGCUCAACCAAGUCAUUAGUGAGAGUACCUAAGCAUUGCUUUGCAGAGCCUCAAUGCUCAGAGGAGCCUGCUGGAGCUAUCCAAGUAGGGUAUCUCCAUGGUUUGAAGCAGGAAAGAAAUUGCCAAUCUAGAAAGUUAAACAUACUGUGACCUUGUGCAAUCCUUUAACUGACAGAACAUUUUCAGCGGAGUUACCAAUGCAGUCUCAUUGGAGCUCUGUUCUCCCUCACUGGAAGAGAAAUUCCUCUUUUAACUUCUUUCUAGCACUAGGGUCCUUAGCUGUGGUAUUACCAAUGUAGGAAGAUGCUGUGCUUCCUAGGAGCUUGGUUUGUAACAGUUCCUGGGCUCCUGCGUUCCCUUAGGCUCUGGCUGUGCUUACCAGCAGCCCUGGUCAUGGCUUAGGGCUGUGCUGUCCUGGAUGCAGCACAGAGAGCACAGCGAUAUCAAAUACUGUCACAUCAGAGCAGGAGCACUUUAUAGCUGCUGCGUGUUGAUGUAAGUAACUUCAGGUGCACAGAAAUGAACUGGACUUUGUCCAAGUGCUGAUCUCCUGCUCAAUUUCGUGUAGGAUACUGUAUCUCCCUGCUCUUUAAAAAUUACAGGGCCCUUAGAAAUGCAGGGCUUUUGUUCAAACAGGCAGUAAAAUGUUGUCCCCGUGCAUUAGAUUUCUAUACAGUCUUGAUUUGGAGGGAAGAACCUCUGAAUUAGCUGCAAUCUGGAAAAGAUAAAAAAAACCCACUUUGUUCCAAGCAAACAAGAAGUUGUUUGUUUUGUUAGUCCUUCAGAACAGAGAAGUGUUUCCCUUGCUGGGAAGUGAUGGUUCAGAAGCUCAUACAGACAGCUAUGUAAGUGCCAUCAGAUCAUCCACCAUUGCAGACCACAGGGGAAGGCUGAUUUGCUGCAGGUAGUCAAGAAGCACUACAAGAGUGAUGUCUAGAAAUAGGCACAGUUGUGAGGGGAAAGGGAGCUGUAGCAUAGGGAGCCUGAGGCUAGCAGGCUAGCUCACCUCCUGAUGCAGACUGCUGCCAUGCACAUACAGUGGGGAAAGGACUUUGCUUCUUCCUUUAGUUGUUGGCAGAAGGUGGGUAGUAAAAACACUUAGCACUUCGGCAGAGCUUUAUAUCUGCAAAGCACUUUACAAACAUGAAGGAAAGAAUCACCUCUGUCCCUGGAUGUGCACUGGUUAGGAGAUGACUCUUUGAGACUGGGUGGAACUACUGGUGCCCUACCUGAGGGAUGGUGAGGAGAUGAUGCAAGCUGAGAAAGGUGGAUAACUUCCCUCUUAAGAACAAGUUGUUUCACUAAUGACCCGAUGCUGAAUGGCUCACAGUAUUGCACUAGAAAGUCACUUCUGACCUGGAUAUCUCCCAUAUGUCCUGGAAAACAAUCAUGGUGUGACUGUUUCUUUCUCUUGCCAUUGGAACUGUGUCCUUAGGGAUGACCUUGCCCUGACCAGCUGUAGCCGGAAACAGCCUGGCAUGCUGCAUUUUUUUUGCUCUGUGAUUAUUGGGCUUCUCUGAAAAGCCUGGAAAUGCCUCAUAUUUGUCACCUGGCCUUGUCAUAGACCAAGUCAAGGUGCAGAAGAGCCCUUCUGGUUAACAUUCUAACUGUCGCAUUAUGAAUGAUUCCUGUUUUUCCAUUGCUCUGUUGACAAACUGAUCUGUUCCCAAUCCUCACAAAAAGUCCUCACUGAGUAAAUCCAUGUUCUUUGCAUUA